CGUGCCCGUCGUACUCUGUUCUUUUUCUUUUCUUCGCUACUUUCGUCAUUGCGCCGCCGGGCCAGUCUCGGAACUGCUGCGAUUUGGCGCACUCGGCAAUGACAGACGCCGACGACCAGCCCUCCCGGUUGGCAAGAUCACUGCUUCCAGAGCCGACGCUUUCCUUCACCCUCCCGAGUCUACACGACGGCCUUGCCAUCGAUUGUCGCGUUUACCAUCCUCAAUCUCUCGACCCGUCGCCCUCCUCACCACCAUGGCGGAAACAUGCUGCCGUCUUCGCUCAUCCGUAUGCGCCUCUCGGAGGUUGUUAUGACGAUCCCGUAGUAGACAUCGCAGCCGGAACGCUGCUCAGGCUCGGCUUUUUGGUUGGCACCUUCAACUUUAGAGGCGCACAAGGCUCCGCCGGUCGGACCUCUUGGACUGCAAAGGCCGAGCAGGCAGACUACACCUCGUUCGUUGGCUUCCUAUCCUAUUACGUUCAUUUUCUCGAUCCCUUCCGACCACAUGUUUUCGAACCCGUUCCGACGACGACCCCAAUUGCCGAAGCAUCGGAUUACAUGGGGCCCCAUGGUGGCUCUAGACCCGUUACACCUUCUGCGUCACACGAUACCAACAAGCCAUCAUUGUUCCUAAUGGGCGGCUAUUCGUAUGGUUCUAUGAUUACCAUGCAACUUCCUUCUCUCGAAACCAUACUCCACCAAUUCGACACUCCAGCUUGCAGCUCCCAUGCUGCUGAAAUACGACUCCGAGCUCAGCACCUUGCAGAGGUGCAAAAUACAACGUUGGGAAGUGCAAGAGCAGCGGCCCUGGAGCAUCAAGCCAACACAUUGUCCCACUCGCCGACCGGCAUGCGUUUCGGGGGAGAAGAAAGCAGCAGAAAACACCAUCAUUCACGAUUGUCCUUCUCCCAUGAUACCGAAGAGAAAAUCCACAAGGGGGUUUCGGAGCUGAUGGCCAAGGCAAAGAGUCAUAAGAGACGUAUUUCCGGAAAGGACCACAGCUUUGUGGGUGGGGAUGCAGCACACGACACACGUGAGACAAAGCAGCAACCGGCCAAGGAUUGUUUACCUUCUGUACCAGACCGAGUGGUAGCUCGCCCGGCCUACUUGCUGGUUUCGCCUUUGCAGGGCCUCAUCAACAACCUCGCGACCUUCUCCUUGCUUCCUCGAAGGCCAUCGUGGAAGGGUCUUACCAGAUCCUUGUCUUCUCCAGCUGCCACGGCUUCGCCAAUGGGUGAGCUUGGUCCGGAUUCUGAGACUGAUCUUUCACUCGAAGAAGCCGAAGCCAAGUUAGUACGAAACCCUACGCUCGCCAUUUACGGCGACAAUGACGGCUUUGUGCCUGUGCGAAAGUUACGGCCGUGGGCCACACGCCUGGAGGGCAUUCCUCACUCUUCCUUCCGAGCCCACGAGGUUUCCGGAGCCAGCCACUUCUGGGCGCAAGGCAGAUCAGCAUAUACACUCAAGGAUGCUAUCAAAACGUUUGCCGGGUCAAUCCUGGCUACAGACGGAAGUUGAGUUCAAUACAUAUCUAGC